CUCGACGUUGUUUGUGUAUCGUUGAACUGCUCUGAUAAACUUUUAUCAGUCAUGGCAUGUUCGACGUAUGAAUUAGCUAGCUUUUAACGUUAGUUAAUGCGUUAUUCGUUGUGUUUCGUCUUCAGAAUUCGAUUAUGGUGUAGCUUAGAAACGAAAUAUUUCUUUAUGAAAGCACCAACAGACUAUGAAGCACAAAGUUCGGGAUAAACUGACAUGGUUUUAUAGAUAUCCUUACAGUUACCUUCACAGAUUCAGGCUUAAUCUACACGUAUAGUUUUGGGAAUCAUAAUUAUCUCAGUUUUUAGUUUGCAGUUCGAAGAUGACUUCGUAUGUUAUUGGUAUUGACGUAGGUACCGGCAGCGUUAGAGGUGCGUUGGUUACCAAAUCAGGUGAAAUAGUGAAAACACACUCAGAACAAAUCACCACAUGGAAUCCUAAACCGAAGUAUUAUCAACAAUCAUCGAAUGAAAUUUGGUCGUUAUGUUGUAACGUGAUAAAACAAUUAACCCGUGAUAUAUCACCAAAUGAUGUAAAAGGAUUAGGAUUCGAUGCCACGUGUUCCUUGGCUGUUUUAGAUUCUAACGGUGACCCAAUUUCCGUAAAUGUUAAUGAUGAUGCAGAACAAAACAUUAUUCUGUGGAUGGAUCAUCGUGCUAAUAAAGAGGCAGACUUAAUCAAUGAAACGAAGCAUCCUAUUUUACGAUACGCCGGUGGUAAAGUUUCCUUGGAAAUGAUGGUUCCCAAAAUUCGAUGGCUAAAAAACAACCAUCCCGAAUGCUGGAAAGAAGCCGAAUUUUUUUUCUUACUGCCAGAUUUUUUAACUUGGAGAGCUACGAAUAAUGAUUACAGAUCUUUAUGCAGCGUGGUAUGCAAAUGUAAUUACGAAAAUAAUGCCGCAUAUUCAGGAUGGAAUAAAGAAUACUUCGAUGUAAUCGGAUUGCAAGAAUUAUCGCAAAAUAAUUGGAAAAAAAUUGGUAGUAAAAUCAUCAAGCCUGGUGAAUUAUGUGGUGAGUUAAGUGAAAGAGCAGCUCGAGAAACUGGUCUUGUUUCGGGUACUCCGGUGGCGGCGAGUUUAAUCGAUGCCCAUGCUGGUGGAUUAGGUGUUAUGGGUUGUACAGCGAAAAAUAUUCCAAAUGAUUUUACAUCGCGAUUAGCUCUCGUAUGUGGUACCUCUACAUGUCAUAUGGCUCAGAGUAUUAAUGAAGUGUAUGUACCCGGUGUGUGGGGACCAUUUCUGAAUGCUAUGUUGCCUGGUUUAUGGCUUUUGGAAGCUGGGCAAUCAGUAUCCGGAAAACUGAUAGAUCAUAUAAUAGAUACUCAUCCGGCAAGUCAAUCUGUUAAAAGAAAAUGCAUCGAGCGAGCAAAUAUUCACAUUACACAAUAUUUGAACGAUAUUUUGGACAAAAUUGCUGAAAGUAAAGGAUUAAAUUCAGUGGACGAAUUAACAAAUGAAAUUCAUAUUUGGCCGGAUUUCCAUGGCAAUAGAUCGCCAAUAGCUGAUCCAAAUCUACGAGGAAUGAUUCUCGGAUUAACAAUGGCUUGUGAUGAAGAAAACUUAGCUGUGAUAUAUUUAGCGACGAUUCAAGCCCUAGCGUAUGGGACCAAGCAUAUCAUCGAUGCAAUGUGCCAUGCAGGGCAUAAAAAUAUCCAGUCUGUGAUAAUUUGCGGAGGUGUGAGCAAAAAUAAACUAUUUGUUGAUACGCACGCCAAUGCCAUCGGAUUACCAAUUCUGAUACCCGAACAAACAGAAUCUGUUCUGUUAGGAGCAGCUCAACUUGGAGCGGCCGUGGCUGGAUUCUAUGAUAAUCUAGACGAAGCCGUAUGCAGCAUGGCUGGCCCUGCUGAACAAGUCAAACCAAAUCUUGAUACUGCCAGUUACCAUGAAAAAAAAUAUCAAGUGUUUUUGGAGAUGUUGAGUCAUCAAAGAUGCUGUCAGACUAUCAUGAAUUCUUAAACUUUUGAGCUCUCACCGUCUGUAACAGAAUUCAAAGUUUUAUUGAUUUAUUUUCAAUUUUAAACAAUUACGUAAAUUAAUCGAUAGCAUUGUCAUUUCGGUGAAAUAUACCUAUUUUAUAUUUUUUUUAGAA